AUCAUCAUCAUCAUCGUCACGCUUCAACUCUCAAGCUGUUACUGGGAGAUGAUGUUUGUGGAGCGCGGAGAACAAACACUGUGUCCACAAGCUUAUUAAAUUUCCACAGUUGAAGGUGAGACGGCAGAUUAUCUAUGGUCUGUGUGACGAGCUGAUGAAGAUCAGUCUGUUUCCAGAAGUCAAAGAAAUGAAAACUCAACUCCUGCAGCUCUGUACGUAAAAAAACAACAAACAAACAAACACGCAGGGAUGAAGAAAACGCUUUUCCACGUUUGAGUGUCGUCAGAGUCCGUCCCUGCUCUUCGCCGCCACCAUGAGGUACAGUCACGUGUUGCUUUUUGUCUACAUCCUCACCUUCCUGAUGGGCGUCCCCGCCAACAUCCUGGCCUUCUGCACCUUCUGUCGCAAAGUGCAUCGCAAGGCGACUCCGAUCGACGUCCUGCUCCUCAGCCUGACCAUCUCUGACCUCGUCUUCCUCUUCUGCCUGCCCUUCAAAAUGAAGGAGGCCUUUGACGACAUGGCCUGGCUGCUGGACUUCUCCCUGUGUCCCUUGAUCGUUUUCCUCUUCUACGUCACCAUCUACAACAGCACGCUGCUCCUCACGGCUGUGAGCGUGGAGCGCUACCUAGGCGUGGCCUUCCCCCUCAGGUACUCCAUGUUUCGCAGGCCUCGCUACGCCGUGCUGACCAGCAUCGCCAUCUGGUUGGUGACCUCCCUGAACCUCAGCAUUGUCUACAUCAUGCCCUACGUCCAGUGGGGCAGAGGAACGGGUGGUAAUCACCACAAUGACAACGGCACCGACAGUAAGCCGCCUCCGCCCACCUGCUACCUGAACUUCACUCAGGACGAGCUGGACAUCAUCCUGCCGUUCCGCCUGGAGCUCUUUGUCUUCCUCUUCUGCAUCCCCCUCAUCAUCUGCUGCUUCUGCUACGUCAACUUCAUCCACAUCCUGUCACGACUGCCCAACAUUGGCAGGUGGCGGCGUCUGCGGGCCAUAGGCCUGGCGCUCGGCACGCUGAUCGUGUUCGUGGUGUGCUUCGGGCCGUACAACGCCUCGCAUUUGGUGGGGUUCGUCCGUAUGGAGAGCGAGGACUGGAGGGACACGGCUCUGCUCUUCAGCGUCUUCAACUCCUGCCUGGAUCCAUUCAUCUUCUACUUCUCCUCGGCCACCGUCAGGAGCAUGUUGAACCGCUGCUUCAGGAGCAUCAUGGCCAAGCUGCACAUUCUGAGGUGCGGAGCGACUCAUCAGAGACACGGCAAGACUGAAGCAGCGCCUCCUUGAGUUGGCUUUGAGGAAGUGUUCAUUCAAUUUAUCUCAAGAUCUUUACUCCACCCUCACCAGUGAAAUAAACUUUGGACACAUUUUACAUGAACCAUUAACAAUUUCUUGCUUUAAAGCAGAACUUUGCAAGUCUGUCACUUUUCAUUGCCUUUUUCUCUCAUUAGCGCCCCCUACUGUUUCGGAAUACAUAUUUAUA